CAUAUACGAAAGAGGGAGAGGGAAUUUUAAAAUCCGUCCUCCUAAAAUUUUCCGACACUUCAAGUUCGAGCAAAUGAACAACGAGCGUCCUUUGAUUAGGGUUUUCGGCCAGCGUUCAAUUUCAUCGUCUUUCCGCUCCUGUUCUUCAAAUCCUUUCAAGAGUUCGAAUGAAGUUUCCCAAAGCAAAUCUAUUAAGAAGAGCUCGCAUUUGUCGCUCUCGGAAUUCCUCGAUCGAAAACUGCCGGAAUCUUUCGUACUGCAGAGGACGGUGAAGGGGAAGUCCACGCCCUUCUCCUCAUUGCAGGGUCCAAGGGAUGCAAAUAGCUCCAUGAAUAAACCGAUUGGAAUUCAUUAUGAGACGGAUUCCCAGACAGAAUCGGCUAUUUCAAAGGUGCUUUUUGAAGAGUUCAAGCGUUCUGAACCAAACCAAAGUCAAAGUUCAGUUUUAAGCGGUGCUAGUGAAGCAGAUAUCUUCAGUACAGAUGAUAUGCUAGAAUCGAGGAAAAGAAAGAUAUUAAGUGAAGGCUUUGCUUCCACUACCCCAUGUGAGGGCCAAGCGAGGAAGAAGAAUGUGGUAGUUCUUGGAGGCGACCCAAAACCCGAGAAAAAGAGAAGGGAGGCGGUUCAUGAUAUCAGAAACAUAAAACCAAAACCUCUCUACAAUCACUAUGCAAGUGGCGGUGGGUGGUGGGACUGCGACAUGGAGGGUGUUGACAGCGAAGAGGUUGGGCUUGGUGAAGUAUGGGAAGGAGUUGGGUCUACUACGCUUGGAGGAAUAGAAUGGCAUUGAGUUUCUUGGCGCUUCAUCCUCUUCACGCUGUAAAUAUUCUCUUUUUUCUAGACUAUUUUUGUCAUUUUGCUUCUAAUCAUUGUCUUAGAUUCUCUAUAAAAUUUUCUUC